GAUUUACAUUCAAAAAAUGAACAAAUUUCUUGCAACUACAGAAAAAGUGUUGCCAACGUUGCCGUCUUUAUCACGUAUUGUAAAUAGAAAGUGUCAUUGUGAUUUACAAAUGGCGUACGAUUUGUGCAAGGUGCAUUGUGCCAAUCGAAUCUGUUCAAGUGCAAUAAAUAAAUAAAUACAAUUUGCAGCUAAAUUUAUGUGUACAAAUUCGAAUAAACACUCAAAUUGAAAUAGUUUCGAUGCAAACAUUUGGCCAGUGUUGUGAAAAAGUCUAGUAUUUCGACGAUUCGGUUCACCUUGGAGUUAAUCCGUACAAGUGUAAAUAUGAUACAUUGACUGAACACAAAACAAAGUCAUAAAAAUGAUGGUGAAAUGAGAACUGCAUUUAUGUAUAUUAUUAGCAACAGGUUGAAUUUUUAGAUGCUUUCGUCUCUUAACUCAUCCAUUCACAUGCAUUUAUCGAAAAUGUAACAUUUUCAUUACGAUCUACCGCAAAUAAACGAAUUCAGUUUUAAUAUUUUCCCGUGCCAUUUAAAUUGAAGAGUUGCAUUAAACAAACAAAAAAACAAUAAAUCACAUCGAACAUCUUUGACAUUUAACAAAUUCAUUGACCUUUUGCCCACCAUUGAUUUUGUUCACCAUUCAUUCAAUUGGCUUCUGUUUUUUCUGGUUGCAUCGCAAAUAAACAGAUAAAUGGAUUCUAUGGCGCAUAUAGCAAUGCAAGAAAGUUGAUUUGAAAUUAGUGCGAUUUCGGAGUGUGAAUAAAAUGGGGCAUGCUGUUGUUGUUUGGGAAUAUGAGUCGUGCCAUCGCAGCAAUGCCAACUGGUUACCGUACACCCCAGCCGUUUCACAGUUACUCGAACGAGCCCAUGGGAAAAAGCUAACCAGAGUACUGCUUGGUGAUGCUGAUCCCAGCUUGGACCAAUACAUUGUCAAUAUUCGGACAAUGGUACAAUGCAGCGAAUUAGAAGAAAGUGCAGACUUUCCCUUGAUCAAAGUUCGCCGAAAGAUGUACAAGCCAACGACAACGGCUGGCAAAGGUAUCAAAUGGGAAUGGCUGAGUUUGACCACCUCCGAAUGGAAUAUGUACAAUAUGGAUGUGCAAAAUAUCAUUGAAGAUGCUUGGUCAAAGGGCAUUCAAAUGUACGAUUUCAUGAGCACCACUCUGAAUCUUCCAUAUCGUAUCAACCUAAGUAAUUUAACCGAAAUUCGCCAUACAAAUGGAGCGAUAAAGCGAAUACGACGUGUUCAACAGGCUCCAUAUCCGUUGAUCAAAGUGAAUCCAGAUGUAGAAUUAUUCGGUGUCCUAGACACAGUAGAACGUUCAACAAACAUUAUUGUGCCAGCCAAUGUAGCCAGUUUAAAGCAAUUGCCGCCAACUUCAGCGCCAAGUAAAUCGAAAAAACUCUUUCCAAAUUUAGUCAAGUCGAAACAUCAAACGUCUGCCCCAAACGAUGGUAAUGCGUCUAAUGGUGCUUCGAAUACGAGUUCAUCGUCGAGUGGUUCCAGUUCAUCGAAAUUGGCCCGGCAGAUAUUCAACAAUUUGAACAUAUUUAGUAAUAAGCAGCACAGUCACAACGAUCAACCGCAAAAUAGUCCAAAUUUGACGCAGUCAAAGCAACAAUUGAAUACAAAUCCAAUGAAACUGGAACCGGUUUCCAGUUUACGCAGAAGUAUUGAAAUUGGCCAUCAAACUCAUCAUCGUCGACUGAGUAACAAAAGCAAUAGUUCCACGGCAUCAACACAAAAUCUAAUCGCUUCGCGGCACAGCCGACGUUCGUAUCGAUCACAAGACGAUGACUUGUAUUUGGAAACAGACGGCGACAGUAGCUGUUAUAGUGCAAAUGUCUCGUUGGGUGGAGGAAAUCUCAAUGCGUACGGCAUUCGUAGACCAAGUGUUGAUACAAUCUCCACAUAUUUGAGCCAUGAAAGUAACGAACGACUGCACUAUGCAGCCACGGACUCGUUUAAUGGAGACGAUGAUGUCUUUUUGCCACCGCACAAAAUCAACGGAUCAAUUGUGGGCGUGGACGCAGACAGUGACAGUAUCAGUCGAUUUGUGAAUGUCGUUCAUCCAGAAUGGCCAAAAUGUCGACCGUGUGUCAUUUGCCUUGAAGAAUUACAGCAUAGUCCUAAUAAUCCAGCCGUUUCGUUGAUCCGAUGCGAACAUUUGAUGCAUUUGAACUGUCUGAACCAUUUGAUCAUAACGCAAAGUGAACAACAACAAAAACAAUCACCGGAGAAUAACCGAAGAAAUACGCCAUUGUAUAUUGAGUGCCCAGUUUGUGGCAUUGUGUAUGGGGAAAAGUACGGAAAUCAACCAGCUGGUACUAUGACUUGGAGUAUCAUCCCGAAGCAAGUGGCCGGCCAUGAAGGACAAAACACCAUUCAAAUUAUUUAUAAUAUUGCGUCUGGAGUACAAACUGAGCAACAUCCACAUCCUGGACGAUCAUUUUUCGCUGUCGGUUUCCCAAGAACAACAUAUAUUCCAGAUUGUCCCUUGGGACGAAAGGUGCUGCGUUAUUUGAAGAUCGCUUUCGAUCGUAAGCUGAUCUUUUCGAUUGGUCGUUCGGCCACCACCGGCAAAGAGGAUGUUGUCAUUUGGAACAAUAGUGUGGAUCAUAAAACACAAUUCUCAAUGUAUCCGGAUCCAACUUACCUGCAACGCUGUCUAACGCAACUCGUGCAUUUAGGAGUGACUGAUUAAACUCCACAAUGAACUGCCUUAAAUUUUUCAAUUCUUGCCAGUAAAUUUCAUCUCUUUCAUUCGACUCGUUCGACGUAUUUAAAAACAUCCAUAAAUUAGUUAUUUAAACGAAGAAAAAUAAAUCAUGAAACAAAAUAUAGAAUUGACAAUAAGUGUCUUCCAAACCGCAAGUAUUCAGUGCAAAAGAAAAUCUCAAUCCAUGAACAAAUAUUUUUUAUACAUGUAUAGAAAAGAAGCAAAGAAAAAGAAAGAGUUUUAUAUCGCGUGUAUUGUUUUUAUAGAUUUUUUUUUAUUAUUAUUAUUUUGAUCUGUAUGUUUUUCAUACAAAAUAUUUUGCUAAAAAUAUCUUUUUUUUCUCUGAUAUUAAAUAACUACCAAUUAUCGAAAUUGCAAA